AUGUCGGUAUUGCUACGUUUCGCACCUUCUCCCACCGGUGCUCUUCAUCUCGGCGGUCUGCGAACGGCGUUAUACAACUAUCUGUAUGCUCGAAAGUUGGGCGGAAAGUGGAUUUUAAGAGUCGAGGAUACAGAUGCUACGCGAGCGGUUCCGGGCGCUGUUCAUGGAAUACGAGAGGCGUUGGAAUGGGUUGGCUUGGAUUAUGACUACGGUCCUGUGAAGGAAGGACCCCAUGCUCCCUAUUUUCAGUCGGAGCGUUUGGAUCUGUACCGCACUUACGCCAAGAAACUCCUUGAUAAUGGCCAUGCAUACCGGUGCUUCUGUUCUCCGGACAGACUUGCUGCUACUCGCGAAAAGCUAGCUCGUUCUGGUUCUACCACUACCUACGACAAAGCAUGUCUGAACCUUACUGAAGAAGAGGCUGUGAGGAGGGUCCAGGCGGGAGAAAAAUCGAUAAUAAGGCUCAACGAUGGAAGACUGCCAUCUCGCCCUUCGCCUCCAGACCUUAUCUUUGGUGCCGUGAAGGACGCGCAUGCUUCUCUUCCUACUGAUCCAGUACUGGUCAAGUCUGAUCUCUUCCCGACAUACCACUUGGCCUCUGUGGUGGACGAUCACGAGAUGGGAAUUACGCAUGUUCUCCGCGGUGAAGAAUGGCUCCCUUCUCUGCCCCUGCAUCUUGAUUUGUACGCCUGUCUGUCGCUCAAGGCUCCUCACUUCGCGCAUAUACCCCUUCUGCUCAAUCCAGAUGGAUCCAAGAUGUCAAAACGGAAAGGAGAUGUACAAGUGCUCGACUACAAGCGUCGCGGCUGGGAACCUAGCGCCAUUCUCAAUUGGCUUGCCUUAGCUGGUUGGGGUGUUCCGCAUGAUCAAACCGAGUCCAUAACGCAGCAGGCGCCUGAUAGUACCUCCGUAAUGUCCUUGCGGGAGAUGAUCCAAAAGUUUGAACUGUCGUCCCUGACUCAUAGACGUUCAGUUCUUGAUCCGAUGAAACUCGAAUAUCUCAACAAGCACCAUCUCAUGCAACUAAUGUCAGUUGAUGGUGGUUUCGAUGAGAUGGCUGAGCGCGUUCAUGGUCUAGUAAAAGGAAUUUAUCCGUUCAGUCAAUACACAUCUGUUGCAUACAUCAAGGCCGUCAUAUGUAUCAUGCAGAGCCGUAUCACCAAUCUCAACGAUCUCCCAUUCGAGGCUUCAUUCUUGUUCGUUGAACCCGAUUUCUCCACGGAAGAAGCCCGAGCAAUGCGUCUAAAGCUCCACUCAGAUGACUAUCUUUCGGUUAUAGUCAGUUUGCGCCGUCGCCUAAGUGCAGGAGGCGGCGUGUGGGACCAUGCAAACAUCACGAAUAUCCUGCAUGAAGAAGCUUCAGAUGCAAAGUUGAAGCAGAAGGGAUACAUGACCAUCCUCAGAUAUGCAUUGACUGGUUCGAAGACAGGACCAGCUCUAUCGGAUCUUAUGCAAGUGCUUGGUCGUGAGAGAACAAUAACCCGUUUGGAACACGCACAGACUGUCUAG